CCACCCUUUUGUUAUGCCAAAGAAGGCAAAGAAGCCAGAAAGUGAGUCAAAGGUUGUCUGAGUCAUUGAAGAUAAAGCGACGGACGUCAAAGGUUAGUUAGUUGGUUCACUCUUCAAUCAAUUGGCAGACUCGAUCCAAAACCAGCCUGACCAUGUCGACGGCCGUUAUGGAGAAGCACCUCUUCAAUUUGAAGUUCGCGUCCAAGCAGAUGCUGCGCGAUUCCAAGAAGGCUGAGAAGGAUGAGAAGGUCGAGAAGAACAAGCUGAAAAAGGCCAUCGAGAAGGGUAACAUGGAUGUGGCUCGGAUUCACGCCGAAAACGCUAUCCGUCAGAAGAACCAGAGCCUCAAUUUUCUGCGCAUGAGUGCCCGGGUGGAUGCCGUGGCUUCGCGGGUCCAAUCGGCCGUGACCACCAAGCGGGUGACGGGUUCCAUGCAGGGCGUGGUCAAGGCUAUGGAUUCGGCCAUGAAGUCCAUGAACUUGGAGAAGAUCUCGGGCUUGAUGGACAAGUUCGAGAAGGAGUUCGAGGACCUGGACGUCCAGACCUCGGUUAUGGAAGGCGCCAUGAAUCAAACCACGGCUACCAAUGUACCACAGGAUGCGGUCGAAGGCCUGAUGCGGCAAGCGGCCGAUGAGGCGGGUUUGGAAUUGCAAAUGGAAUUGCCAGGCGCGGCUUCCAACACGAUUGGCACUACGGCGGGCACGGCUGUGGCCAAUUCCGAACAAGAUGAACUCAGUCAACGUUUGGCCAGACUUCGACAAGUUUAGGAAUCCCUGAAACAGCCUUGUGAUUGACCCUCCCUUCAAUAUAUUUUCUAUGUUUUCUUAUAGAGUAGCGCCCCUUGGUAUAAAAGAUAUGUUUCAAAUUGUAA